UUUGCACUAUCUUUCAGCUCCAGGUGGAGUUAGUUUUUUGUACCAACUCUUAGACUUUUGAUGUCGAGAACACCGUUAUUUUGAGGACUUGGGGCUCCUGCCGUCGGUGCUGUGCUCUGGUGCUGUGUGUACUUGCUCAGCAUGAUUCAGUGACAGUCGUUGAGCGUGUGAACAGUGCCGAGUGAGCCAGCACCGGGAGGAACCAGCGGACUAGAUCCCGCAGCAGGAGCCGAUCCGGUUGGAGGGAUCCAGCAUCUGGUGCCUGCACUGCUGUCCUGGAGGUCGGGGCCUCUGAGCUCUCGCACCCGCAGACCUCCCACCCGGGGGCACCUGGACUGUGGGAUGCCGGCCGCCUGAGCCCCUGCAGACAAGAUGGAAGGGGAAGAGCUGGCCUGCCCCGACUCGCCCUCGGAAAAGCGCUACUUCCCCGAGUCCCUCGAUUCCAGUGAGGGCGAGGAGGGCGUUUUGGCCUGUGAGGAUUUGGAACUCAACCCUUUUGACGGAUUGCCGUUCUCAUCACGUUAUUAUAAACUUCUGAAAGAAAGAGAAGCUCUCCCAAUAUGGACAGAAAAAUACUCCUUUAUGGAGAACCUGCUUCAGAGUCAAGUCGUGAUCGUGUCCGGAGACGCCAAGUGCGGCAAGAGCUCCCAGGUGCCGCAGUGGUGUGCCGAGUACUGCCUCUCGGUCCGCUACCAGCACGGGGGCGUCGUGUGCACCCAGGCGCACAAGCAGACCGCCGUCCAGCUCGCGCUGCGGGUGGCGGACGAGAUGGACGUGAACAUCGGCCACGAGGUCGGCUACGUGAUCCCGUUUGAAAACUGCUGCACCAGCGAGACCAUCCUGAGGUACUGUACUGAUGAUAUGCUGCAGAGGGAAAUGAUGUCCAACCCCUUUCUGGGCAGCUAUGGGGUCAUCAUCUUAGACGACAUUCAGGAAAGGAGCAUCGCGACCGAUGUGCUGCUCGGGCUUCUUAAGGGUGUGCUGCUGGCCAGACCCGAGCUGAAGCUGGUGAUCAACACCUCGCCGCCCCUGCUCAGCAAGCUCAGCUCACACUACGGGGACGUGCCCCUUGUGGAGGUGAAGCACACGCAUCCUGUGGAGGUCGUGUACCUGAGCGGGGCCCAGGAGGAGUCCUUUGAGUCUAUUCUGCGCCUUAUCUUUGAAAUUCACCACUCUGGUGAGAAGGGUGACAUUGUCGUCUUUUUGGCCUGUGAACAAGAUAUUGAAAAGGCCUAUGAAAUCGUCUGUCGAGAAGGCUCUAACCCUAACCCAGACCUUGGCGAGCUGGUGGUGGUUCCUUUAUAUCCGAGAGAGAAAUGUGCGCUGUUCAAGCCAAACGACGAGACAGACAGAUGCCAAGUUUACCAGCGGCGAGUGGUGCUGACGGCCAGCUCCGGGGAGUCCUUGAUCUGGAGCAGCACCGUCAGAUUUGUGAUUGAUGUGGGCAUGGAAAGAAGAAAGGUGUACAACCCUCGCAUCCGGGCAAGCUCGCUGGUCAGGCAGCCCAUCAGCCAGAGCCAAGCAGAAACACGCAAGCAGAUCCUCGGCUCGUCCUCAGGAAAACUCUUCUGUCUAUACUCUGAAGAAUUUGCCUCCAAAGACAUGCGGCCCCUUAAGCCAGCAGAAAUGCAAGAGGCCAACCUGACAAGCACAGUGCUUUUCCUGAAGAGGGUCGACAUCGCUGGCUUAGGCCACUGUGACUUCAUGACCAGACCAGCACCGGAAAGCCUGAUGCAGGCUCUGGAAGACUUAGACUACCUGGCAGCACUGGACAAUGAUGGGAAUCUGUCAGAAUUUGGAAUCAUCAUGUCUGAGUUUCCUCUUGAUCCACAGCUCUCAAAGUCUAUCUUAGCAUCCUGUGAAUUUGACUGUGUAGAUGAAAUGCUGACAAUCGCGGCCAUGGUAACAGCUCCUAACUGCUUUUCGCAUCUGCCACGUGGAGCUGAGGAAGCUGCCUUGACUUGUUGGAAGACGUUUUUACAUCCUGAAGGCGAUCACUUUACCCUGAUCAACGUUUACAAGGCCUACCAAGACACGACUUUGAAUUCCACCAGUGAGCACUGUGUGGAGAAGUGGUGCCACGAUUACUUCCUCAACUGCGCUGCGCUCAGGACGGCAGACGUCAUCCGAGCUGAACUCCUGGAAAUCAUCAAGCGGAUCGAGCUUCCCUACGCCGAGCCCGCGUUCGGCUCCCGGGAGAACACGCUGAACAUCAAGAAGGCUCUGCUGUCUGGCUACUUCAUGCAGAUUGCUCGGGAUGUAGACGGGUCAGGGAACUACCUGAUGCUGACACACAAGCAUGUGGCACAGCUGCACCCCCUGUCCAGUUACUCCAUCAGCAGGAAGACGCCAGAGUGGGUACUCUUCCACAAGUUCAGCAUCUCUGAGAACAACUACAUCAGGAUCACCUCCGAAACCUCUCCAGAGCUGUUCGUGCAGCUGGCACCACAAUACUACUUCAGCAACCUGCCUCCCAGUGAGAGUAAGGAUAUUCUGCAGCAAGCAAUGGACCACCUAUCACCCGUUCCCACAAUGAAAGGGGAGCAGACGACGUGUGAGAAGUGCCCUGAAACUACUGAACAAAGGUGCGCCCUGCAGUGACACGUCAGGACCACCUAGAGCGCCACGUGCAAUAAACCCUGAGCC